AUGAGCGACGGCGGCGCCUUGCAGCAGCGCACCACUUACCUCAUCUCCCUAACCUUGGUCAAGGUAGAGGCAGUGGAGGAGAAUGCAGGGGAAAUCCAGAGGAGCACCCCGGGGAGGGAGGAGAGAAAGGUGGGGACUGGAGAAAGCGAGCUCCAACCUCUGGAGGCUCCUCUGCAAUCAAGUAAAGUCAAAGAUGAAACUCUGUGUAUCCCCUCCCAGCCAGAAAGAGACACGAGUCCAAAGUCUCUAGACCCAGACUUGAGGGAACCAGAGAUAGAGGAGGAGAAUGCAUGGGAGGUCCAGAGAAGCACCCUGGGGAGGGAGGAGAGCAAGGUGGGGACUGGCGAAACCUCACUCCAACUUCUGGAGACUCCUGACCAGUCAAACAAGGUCAAAGAUGGAGGAAGCACCUUGAAAGAUGAACCGCCGUCCAUCCUCUUCCAGCCAGAGACAUCCACAAGUCCAAAGUCUGUAGACCCAGACUUGCGGAAACCAGAGAUAGAGAAGGAGAACGAAUGGGAGGUUCAGAGAAGCACCCCAGGGAGGGAGGAGAGCAAGGUGGGGACUGGCGAAACCUCACUCCAACCUCUGGAGGCUCCUGUCCAAUCGAGCGAGGUCAAAGAUGGAGGUAGGACCUUGAAAGAUAGACCACUAUGUAUCUCCUUCCAGCCAGAAAGAACCACAAGUCCAAAGUCUGUAGACCCAGACUUUAGGAAACUGGAGAUAGAGGAGGAGAAUGCAUGGGAGGUUCAGGGGAGGGAUGAGUGCAAGGUGGGGAUUGGAGAAACCUCAGUCCAACCUCUGGAGGCUAAAGCUCCUGUCCAAUCCAAUGAAGUCAAAGAUGGUGCUCCGACCUUGAAAGAUGGCCCACCAUGGAUCCACUUCCAGCCAGAAAGAGCCACGAGUCCAAAAUCUGUAGACCCAGAGACGAUCCGUAGCGCCCCUGAAACGAAGCAAUCCUGGCCUACGGAGACGCUAGAACCCGUCCGUACCCCGACUAGGACUAGCCUGCCCAUCCGUCCUGUCAGUCUGCUGAAAUCACACGGCUGCACAUCCGCCCGCGGCCGGGACUCCAGGGAGGCUCGGGAACGUAGCCCCGCCUCAGCCCAGAGUCUGGACCGCAAAGACAGCCGGGUGCCUUCGCGUUCGCCAGGCCCGUGCAGGGCCUCCUGGGCGGAGGCCGGCGGGACGGAUCUGUGGAGGGACGCGCGGGACGAGGUCCCGGCAGCUGCGCCACGCAAGGAUAGACUCAAGUCGGGUUCCGGUUCACUCCCCGUACCGGCUAGCCGGGCUAGCAAAGCUCCCCGCAAGGGGAAGAGUCGCACGCUGGAUAACAGCGACUUGAAGAGCCUCUCUCAAGACCUGGCGCUGAGCAAGGAGGCCCAGCAGGGCCAGCGAGGGGCCUCCAAGGAUAGGAAGAUGUUGAAAUUCAUCAGCGGCAUUUUCACCAAGAGCAAUUCGGGGCCAUCACCAAGCCCGCUCUUUAUUCAGAGGGACUCCAGCGAGGAGGAAGUUAACAUUGCCAACAGCCAGGAAUGGAGCUUGGGCAGAUCCGUCCCGGAGCUGAGACUGGGUAUUCUGGGAAGCCUGAAAAGUGGCAAGUCCGCCCUGGUGACCAAAUACAUCACCGGCAGCUACGUUGCGCUGGAGAAACCCGAUGGCGGCAGGUACAAAAAGGAGGUGCUCGUGGACGGACAGAGUUACCUGUUACUGAUCCGAGAGGAAGCCGGGGCCCCCGACGAGCAGUUCUGCGGCUGGGUGGACGCCGUCCUUCUGGUGUUCAGUCUGGAAAAUGAAGAGAGUUUCCAGGAGCUUUACCGGCUGUACGGCCAGCUCAGCUCGCAGCGGGCCGACGUACCCGUCAUCGUCGUCGGCACUCAAGAUAAGAUCAGUAGCGGCAACCCCCGAGUGAUCGACGACAAACGAGCCCGACAGUUGUGCAUGGACGUACGUCACUCACUCUUCUACGAGACCUGCGCCACCUACGGCUUCAACGUCGAUCGAGUCUUCUCGGAGGCCGCCCAGAAAAUGGUGGCCCAAAAGAAGCAGACGGGUCUCCAGGCCUGCAAGUCGCUGCCCAACUCUCCGAGUCACUCCGGAGGCUCAACACCGGGAUCGGCCUCCUUCCCGGGACAGGUCAGCAACGGCGUGGGUGGCGGCUACGCCUGUUCCCUCCCCUCCACACCCGUGCUCAGUCACAGGGAGUUGAGGGUGGCGCAUGGGGAGGGUGGCGCCCGUUCACUCAAGAGCGUCCCCCGGAGGCCCUCGCUCUUCAAGAACCGGGACCCGGAUAGGAAGGGCGCUGAUGCUAAAGGAGAUAGUGGCGCUACACGGGCCGUUCCCAUCAAACAGAGCAUCCUGUGGAAGAGAAGUGGCAGCUCGCUGAAUAAGGAGUGGAAGAAGAAAUAUGUCACCCUGUCCAAAAAUGGCACCCUCUGCUACCACUCCAGCUCCAGUGACUACAUGCAGAACGUGCACGGGAAGGAAAUCGACCUGCUACGCGUGACGGUGAAGGUUCCCGGCAAGCGGCCCCCGAGGGCCGUGGCGCCCGCGGGCCCCUCGCCGGUGCCCCCCGCCUCCUCCGGGGUCAAUGGGCUCGCCAAGGAGAUGCCGAGCUCUGAUGGCUCCAGCACAGUUCCCCAGUUGUGUCCUUCCACCCUGUCUGUGCUGGACGACCGCUCCACCACUGUCGGGGAACGAGGACUUCAACGCUGCCCCUCGUCCCUGUCCACAAAAGCACAAAGCGUCGAUGCCCUCGAAGGGACGUCGGGACCUUUUUCCGGAAAAGACGCCGGCCAAUCAUCUCCCAUGAGCGACCGCAAGAAGAACAAAAGGAAGAAGAGCAUGAAUCAGAAAGGAGACGCCGCCGCCACAGCCGUCGCCGUCGGGCAAGCGGAAGCCAAACGCAAAAUGUGGAAGUUAAAAAGCUUCGGUAGCUUGAGAAACAUUAACAAGACAGAUGAAGAAAAUGCCGACUUUAUCAUUGUGUCCUUUACCGGACAGACGUGGCACUUUGAGGCUCCCAGUCUGGAAGAGAGGGACUCGUGGGUGGCGGCCAUCGAGAGUCAGAUCUUGGCCAGCCUGCAGUCUUGUGAGAGUAGCAGAAACAAGGCACGCCGCAGCAGCCAGAGCGAGGCGGUGGCACUGCAAGCCAUCCGGAACACCAAAGGCAACAACCUUUGCGUGGACUGUCAAGCACCAAACCCCACCUGGGCCAGCCUCAACCUGGGCGCGCUGAUCUGCAUCGAGUGCUCGGGGAUCCACCGUAACCUGGGCACUCACCUGUCUCGGGUACGCUCCUUGGACCUGGACGACUGGCCCGGAGAGCUGACGCGAGUGCUGGCCGCCAUCGGGAACCACACGGCCAACGGCGUCUGGGAGGCUCGAACUCUGGGCAGGCCCAAACCCGCCCCCAACGCUUCACGCGAAGAGAGGGAAUCGUGGAUUCGCGCCAAGUACGAGCAACGGGCCUUCGUGCCGCCCCUCCGGCCGCCGGCGGAUGACGACAUGGCAUCUCGGCUGCUGUCGGCGGUAAACGAGAGAGACCUUCCGGGUCUCCUUCUGCUGCUGGCCCACAGCAGCAAGGAGCUGGUCAACGCCCGACCGCCCCCCACCGGCACCGCCCUGCACGCCGCCUGUCAGCUGGGCGACGCCGUCAUGGCGCAACUGCUCAUCUGGUACGGAAUCGACGCGAAAGCCAGGGACCACCAGGGCCGGACGGCAAUGAUGAUGGCCAAAAAAAGCGGGAGCAAAGGUUGCGUGGAUAUUUUGCUCCAACACGGCUGCUGUGACGAGACUUCGCCCGCCGCGACCACGCCCGUUCUCGCGCGCCGCUCAAGCGGCGCUGGAAAACACGGACCGUAG